UUAGGCUCCUUUGCUCUCAUCAUUACGCAGUAAGAAGAGAAAUCGAAGAGGAAGAAGAAGAAGAAAAUGGCGGAUAGAGGGCCGAAUCGAAGCGAUGUUCAUCUGUCAGAAGAGGAGGAAGCGAAGAUCGAGGAAGAAACGAGGGGUUACUUUGAUGGGUUGACUCCUAAACGCCACACCAAGCCCCAGCGCAGUGAGUACUCUUCUCAAUACACAGAUAUGCUUGAUAACUCCUCCAACUUCAUCCCUGAAUUGGUCAAAUUUCAACAGCUCGAGAACGAUCCCCAGAAACUGGUUUACAAUGGGAGCGCCGGAGAGGAAUACGUGGAGACGGAAUACUACAAAGGCCUCAAUUGCGUGGACAAGCAACACCACACGACUGGAACAGGAUUCAUCAGGACAGAGAACACGAAUGGAAGUUCAUUUAAGUUAGCACCAGAUACCUGCUCUGCUUGCCCCUGUUCUUGUAGGGGAAACCCAGCAACCAACGAUUGGAUUCCUGCCACUGGUGACAUGUUUUGAUGCAGAUAACUCUGAGGUCGGACAAGCCUAACAGGAGUGAUAUAUGAAGGGACCUUCUCUUUGUUGAGGACAAAGAUGGUUAUUAUUUCAGAGAAAUCCACUAUGUUUCCAAAAGU